AAAAGUAUUUUGGCGAAGCUGGUUACUAAUAAACUAACAACAAAAAUAGCAAAUCCACUGAAAGUUUAUGAUAUAGUAACAAUACACAGGUUUUAAAAAGGACCAUAAAAUACUAUGAUAUAUUAUAAUUUUAACCGGGAUAGUUUUCGUUGUGACAAUGGAAGUACCUGAUUUACAGAGUAGGAAUCUUUGUACAACAGAGGACGCAUUUGAAAAGUUUCAGGCCGUAACGAUGUACGAGGAAGAUGAAUUUAUUACUCUCUCAGACAUAAUAUCACCUCCACAUGCAAAUCCAGAUCAUGAUGUCUCUGAAAUACUAAAUGGUGUUCAAAUUGAUGAAGUUCCUAUGUCAAUACAAGAUGAUAAAACAGAAAACAACAGCAAAAUACCCCUUGCAUCAAAUCAGGCAACCGAUGUAGCUUUUGAAACCAAUAACCAACAGGAUACAAUUAAAAUAAGUGUUCCGAAAACAAGAGGGCGAAAAAAAAAAGUGCCUGUUGAAAAUAGUAACAUACAACCUAUCCUGUCUCCAACCGAAUUCAAUAAGACCAAAACUAAAAGAAUAAGCAGAAAGCAGCAGAGUGAAAAAGAAAGUACUUUAACUGAAGAUAUAAUUAGUGACAAAUUGUAUAUUGAGCAUAACAGUGACAAAAUUAAAGAAACAAAACAUAUUUCUGAAAAAGUUCCUGGCAAUAGUGCUAAAAGAAAAUCUCAUCAUUCUCUUGCUGAAAAAGAGGAAACAAAGCCCUAUAAAAAAAUGUAUAAAAAAGGUAAACGGGGACGAAAGCCAAAGCAUAAUAAACAAGAGGAAACAUUAAAUGAGGAAAAAAAUAACCCAGAAUCUAAUAUAACCACUGAAUCCAAGAACAUUGGCACAAAAAUCUCCCUUAUUGCAAUGAAAAAUAAGCAAAAGAAGGGUAGAAAACAAUAUAGGCUGAACAAUCAAAAUCUUGUAACUCAAGAUACAAACCCACCACAAUGUGAAGAUAAGUUAUCAAAGAAAGAGUCUGAUCUAUCAGAUAGUGUCACUUCUAACAUAGCUUUGGAAUGUGGUAUAACUAAAAAUUCAGUUGAUAGUGGUAAUAGUACAGGAGACACCAUUAUAGAUAUGCAAAAUAAACAUACAGACAAAAAUGACAUUACAGAGGAAGAUAUGGAAGAAAUUCCUUUGAGCAAUUUAAGUAGAAAUUCAGAAAAUGAUUCAAAUAAAAAUGUUCAUGAAAAAACAAUGCCCCAACCUAAGAAUUCAAUACCCGACACAGUAACACCUGUUAAAAAGCGAGGCAGACCUAGAAAGAUUUUAAACCGAUCACCUACAAAAAUGUUAUUGGAGGAAACCAAGAUAACUGAUGAUGAAAAUACCAAAUGUAAUAAAAAGAAUGUCAGCCUUCAGCAAAAACAGAACAGUUAUGGUAGUUCUAAAGUAAAUUGUGAGAUAGAAAAUAACCUUCCCCCAAACAGUGAUUUUGACAUAACAGAAAUGUAUAAUGGUGAUAUUGUCAACAUAGUUACUGAACUCUCUGGACCAAAGCUUAGUUCAAUGAAACAACAUUUGUCAGAUCCUCUGGAUAAAGAUAUACGGAAAGACACACCUGAAGAAAGCUCAAUUGGAGAACCUAAUGAAACUAAUGAGAAAGUUCCUGAAGAUUCAUCUAGAAGACCAGUGCGACGGAGAGUAUUAAAGACUUGGAACUAUGAUGAGGGCUCUGAUGAAGAUCCUUACGCUAAUAUGGAAUCUUCUGAUGACGAACCAAGAGGAAGAAGGAAAAAGGGUGGAAGAUAUAAUUCUGAUGAUGAAUAUUUUCCUGGAGAUAAGCGGCAAUUAACUGAGACUGAGAGCGACAAUGCUAUGGAUGAAGAUGAACUCGAUCUAGGAGAGUCUAGGAAACAAAAAAAGAAGAAAAAUAAGAAGCUAGAUACAGUAAGCAACAAAAGCCCCAGAAAGAGAGGUAGGAAAAGUGAUGCCGAGAGUACAUGCCCUACAGAAAGAACUAAUACCAACACAGAUUCUAGGGAUAUUGACUUUGAAAAUUGUUCAGAUGGCUUAAUAGUUCAAGGGAAUGGUGAUUUAAGAGCAACAACAAAACCUAGAAGAAAAAACAAGUCGCAGGGUGAAACAAGUGAAUUCGAGAAUUUUAUUGCAAAAAUUGUACAAGGAACAGACAUUAAAAUAAGCAAGAAGUCCAUAGAUGACGUGAAAACUCCAUUACAAAUUCCAACACUUGACGCAAAUGAUGUCCAUAAAAGUGUUGACAAAUGUUCACAAACAAAAAUUGUCAAAACAAAAUCUGAGAGCGCACAAACUGACACCUUAUAUGAAAUUCCAAUGAAGGAACAAGCGCCACUCACCGCGGAGCAGUCAGAAAAAGCCUGUGAAUUUUUAUCAAGCAUAGUUCAAACAACAGCAGAAUUAGGACAAUUAAUGACACAGAAGUCAAAUGAUUUUAUCAACAAAAAAAUUAAUACCAGACAUGUAACGGACACAUUCAAAAUGGAUUACUGUGUUAAAAAAUCGUUUCUUUUGUUUAAGCUUGCCAAACAUAAUUUGGUUCAAAUGGAAGAGGAUUUAUCAAAGCAGUAUGAGGAAUUUUUAAAAGAAAAUAAUUUAAUUCAACACCGAGAGAAGCCUAAAAUCAUAACAUCCACAUCUAAAGCUAGUGACAGUGACUGUGAAAUAGUAGAAGAACCAAUAGCGACGAAAGCCCCCGUUAAAGCUGUAUUUAAUCCAAAAACGGUAUUCUUAAAUAAAGAAUUGUCAAUAAAAAUUGCAAAAAAGCCCUGUGAAGAGCCCCAACCUAAAAAGAAACUUAAUAUAAAAGGAAGAAACAGUGUUUGGAUAAACGAUUCUGUUGUUGUGAAAAAAAUUAAAACUAGUCAGUCUUUUUUAGCCCAGGACAGCCGAAAUAAAAAACCUCCUGAUUGUAAGAUCACAUUAGAAAUGGUAAAUAAUUUUUUUAAGAAUUAUGAACGUCAAAAGGCAUUGCUUCUUUGUGCUCCUUAUGUAAGAACUGAAUGGUUCGGUAGGGAGAAGAAAUACAUAUGUAAUUAUUUUGUUGACAGUACAGUAGAUUUCCCAGAAAAGGCAGUCAUCAUACAAAAUGAGAACAUACCUUCGGAAAUCGGUUUGAUGGAGGCGAAUGAAUCCAACCAUCUGACGGCUAAUUCUAAAUAUCUAGCAAAACAUACUUAUUUCUGUCCAGAGACAUUGACGUCACUUUGCACUAAAGUGUUACAAAAUUGUCUUCAUUCCAAGCGAAUUUACUAUUGCAAGUCUAUUGAUUGCAGACAAAAAGAUCUCAACCGACAGGAAAACGCGAGAGGAAAUGCAAAAAACUUAAACUUUCAUAAUUUUGAAGGAAUAGUAAUAGUGAAUGAUAUUAAUAGAAAUAUCUUAUAUUUGAAAAAUAGUUGUUUUGAAUCGGCAUUUGUACAGCCUCUUAAAACUCUUUGUUUUAAAAGAGUUGUGAAGCUUAUGAGCAAGGACAACUGGAAUGGUGAUCAAACAAAGCUAUCCCUCGCUGCAUGUGAAAGUGAAAAGCCAUUUCAUAUUGUUAAAAAACCUCAAAUUGAAGAACAAUUGAAACCCUUGCCUUCUCUCUGUUUUAAAAAAGUGGAAGAAAUGCAAAAAAGUUUCAUUUCUCGAAAAAGAUAUUACAAGCCAGAAUCUUUAAAAGCUAUAACCUUAGCUGCAGUGCAAGGGUUACUAAAUAAAAAUAGCAAAACAAUUGACCAACAUUUAGUUAAGAGCUUAUGUCAUAAAAGCGAAUAUCUUGUUUUGGAAAGAAAUUGUUACAAGGUAAAAACUUUAAUUCAGAUGUGCAAAGAAGUGCUAGAUGGUAAUAUGCUAUACAGCGGUUACAACAUAAAACCUGGAAAUGAAUCAUCCAAACUAAUUAUAGAUAUAAAUAUCAAAGAAACAAAACAUCAAGUAAAAUCACUAUUUCAAUUAUGCAAAGAAAAAUUGAAUAUUGUUUUAGAUAAAAGCACCCACAAAGCAAAAAGGGCUCUGAAGUCUGAAGAAUGUGAAAAUUUGAAAUUAAAAAAAAACUCUUCUAAAGUAAAAACUUUGUCUCAAUUAUCGAUACAAAGUUUGAAUUGUCUUUUAAACAAACAUUUUGAAGUUAAAACAUGCUUGAAACUGUGUCAGGAAAAAAAAUACUGUGACAUGACAAAAACCAUGAAUAAUUCACGUAGACAAAACAAAAAAAUGACAUUGGAAAACAACUGUUGUGAAUUAAAAAGAAUAGCGGUUAAAACAUCGUAUGAAUCAUUUAAAGAGAACUUAGAUAUUCAUAUAGAAGAAAAAAAUUACGUAUCAAAAAGACAGUUCAGUACUUCUAAGAAGAGUGUAGAUGACAAAUUGGAAACCACAUGUAAUCUUAAGAAAAGUUCUCCUUCAUUUUUCAAUGAAUCGAGUAAUAACCCUCUAGAAAAAGACGGUGAAACAGAAAAUGACGAAGGAACGCGAAUAAAUAUCGUCAAGAGUUUGAAAUCAUUGUGCAAUGAUAAAAUAUUAGGAUUCAGUGCCGAAUGGCUUGAAGAUAAUAGUAAACAAUGUGAGACAAAUUUAAAUAUAACCAUAAACAAUGUGAAUACAGUAUCGGAGGAUGUGUUUUCGAUGGCCCCUUAUGAGGGCGAGUUAGGUGAUCAUAAUUAUCCAGUCGAAGGCGGACAAUGCCCAGGUGUUGGAGGUGAAGUAAAUUAUGAAGAUAUAGAAGAUCUUAAUAAUUGGGAGUCGCAAGUUAAGAUGGAAUUGCGUUCAUGUUUAGAUUCUACGAGCUACAACGAAAGAGAAGACCAAGAUCAGAAUUUAUUAUCAGUAAGAAUUAAAGUUGAGCCUUUAGACGAUGUGUCUGAGAACAUUGCUGAUUCAACAAACAUAAAGACAGAACCAACAUGUGACCCGGAAUGUAUUGAUGGAAGUGAUAAUUUCUCUAACUCCAAUAUAACGCCCAAACUAGAAAGUUUGGUUAAAACAGAAGUUACAAAUGAACCCACAUAUCAUAAAAGUAUCAGUUACGAUGAGAAUCUUUUUGAAGCGUUUGUGAGUUCAAAUAAAAUGAUUGUCAAUUUAAACCGCUAUGGCAGUACGAGCAGUGAAAUUUUCAGCCAAAGUUCACAACGAAUCCGUAGACAACACGAACCGGACUCGGAUGGUGGCAUUGACGCUUUGACUGAUUCUUUAAAUUUACUUGUGCCACAAAAUAUCGAUAAAUCUAAAGUAAGACUGCUGGAAAGUGGUACCGAAGAAAAAGAAGAAUAUAAAAAACAUGACAGGAAGAAACACGAAAAACGAAAGUGUAAGUUAAAGAAAUCAAGUAAAGAUCUUCAAUGUAAGACUAAAACACCAUUCAAAGAUGAUGUAGCCGUGAUGACAAAACAAUUAAGAUAUAAAAUAAGACAAGGACAAAAUAGAAACGAAUCCUCGGACUCGGAAUCUGUUGAUUUCGAUUUUAAAACAGACAAGGAGGAGUCAAAAGAAAAUAAGAGGCGGGAGGAAAAGGAAAUUCAGUGUAAUGAUGUCGACUCCACUGAAUUUAUAAACGAAAAAAAAUGUAGCGAAACACAAUAUGAAGACCCGUAUGAAGAAAACGGCCAAAACUUUAUUGAUACUAGGUCGUUAUCCACGCUCAGUGAUUCCAACCAGCCUAGUAAGAUUUUGGAGGAUGAAUCCUUUGGUUCGCCAUCUCCAGAAUCUGUGACUAAAAAUAUCAUACAAAAGGAUACUACGUCCUCAUCAGAAAUCUCGUAUAUGGAACGACAUGGAUGGAAAUGCUACUCCAUUAACAGUAGAGACGAGAAGAUUUAUGAACAAACGUAUGUUGUACUAGAUAAACUGCCUGAAUCCUUUGUAAAAACGUAUUUCCAAUAUCAACAUCUCACGGAUCAAGACGGAAGAGCGGAGGACUUAGAUUUUGACAGAUUAAACAAUCUAAAGACGCUACAAAGAGUUCGAAAUAUUGGAAAUAAUGAAAAUGUUGAUAGUCCGCCUACAACGGAUGUAACACGGACGAAGGUUAAUAGUAAGCUGAUAGAGGUAUCAAAUGUAUCCCGGGAUAUCGAGCCUAUUGAAAGUACUAUGAAACAUGGAACUUGUAAUGAAGUGGUUCCAUCUGAAGAGGAAUCCGAAACCUUAAGAGAGCAAUCCUUAUCCGUCCCAACACAGAGCUCGGAAAACUAUUUUGCAAAAAAUGUGCUCAUGGACGAUGGCAGCGAUAGUGAUAGUGAGAAACCACGUGAAGCGAAAGACGUUAAGGAGAAAUUGAAGAGAGAAGAACAAACAUACAAGACAAGAUCCGGCAGAAUAAUUAAAUGUAAGAUUGACACAGAUGAAUCGUGGAAGACUGACGCAUUGAUGCUCACAGCGGACAAGGUGAUGAACAAAGAACUAGCCUUACUUCACGCACCCGUCACACUCAAAGACGAGGACGCUGAAGAGGAUUGUAAAGACUUUAAAUAUAAAUCUAGUUAUAAAUCUCAGAAGAACACGUCCAAAGGUCAGCUCAAUCGUCGUAGAAUUGAAUCCGAUGACGAUUCAUCUUCAGAGGAACAGAAGCAGUGGUUCACGACCAAAGAGAAACUCCUUAAAAGACUGUCCAAAAAGAACGACGGCACUGACAUCGAUGAUGCCAAACGCGCUAAGAUAGUUAACGAGUUCAUUGAGAAGCGAGGGAUGCCCGAAACAAGGCCACGUGUCCGGAACAAAAGACGCAGCAACAAGAACAAAGUCAAUGAGAGGCGAAAACAGCUGAAAGUACUGUCCAGAGAGCUGUUCGGUGUCGACUCGGGAUACACAAAAAAAUAUUCACAAGCUAAUACAAGCAAAGGGCGCCGGAAUAUAAGAAAGGUCAAAGACAAGAAAUCGUUGGCGCGUAGCACUGUGGUAGCAAACAUGGCGGAGUUCGAGCGCAAACGGCGGCUCACGAUACGCCAGGCACAACUAAGAGAGGUGUUGGGCUGUGAGGAGGACGUGAGGGUGGUGGUGAUCAACGACGAGCUGUGUCUGGAGUACGACUUCCAGGAGAAGAGGCCGGCCGUUAGCGUGCAUCCGUUCUUCACUAAAGUCAUGAAAGCACAUCAGUAUGAAGGUGUGAAGUUGAUGUGGGACGCGUGCUUCGAGACCGUAGCUAUGACGUCAGCGGGUGGCGAGGGAGGGGGCUGUAUACUAGCGCAUUGUAUGGGGCUCGGAAAGACACUGCAAGUGUUGGCGUUGUUACACACGGUGUUGACUCACCCCCAGCUGGGCAUGCGGCGUGUGUUGGUGUGUUGCCCGCUGUCCACUGUCCUCAACUGGGUUGACGAGAUACACAAGUGGAUCGGACCGGUCACCAACGAGAUCAAGCAACGGAAUGUUAAAAGGAAACUACAGGUAUUUGAAUUGUCAAAACUGAAGAAGACAUACGAACGAGCAUAUCAGUUGGAGGACUGGUAUAAUGGAGGUGGGAUUUUUAUCAUUGGAUACGAACUAUUUAGGAGUCUGAGUACUUUGGACCCUGUUCUUGACGGUGUGAGGCCCAAAGUCCUGAACAAAAUCCGCACAGCGCUGUUGGAUCCUGGUCCGGAUAUCAUAGUUUGUGAUGAAGGUCAUUUGUUGAAGAACGACUGCUCUAUACUGGCGGUAGCCAUGAGUAGAGUGGUCACUAAGAGACGUAUCGUACUCACGGGCACUCCCAUGCAAAAUAAUCUCAGGGAAUAUUACUGCAUGGUGAAUUUCGUUAAACCGAAUUUAUUAGGAUCUUACUCGGAAUACUCCAACAGAUUCGAGAAUCCGAUUAUGAACGGGCAGCACAGGGACUCGAGAGAGGAAGAUAUAAAAUUGAUGAAGGCUCGUACACAUAUUCUUCACAAAGUGUUAGAAGGGUGUCUCCAGCGUCAGGAGGCGUCCGUGCUGUAUCCGUACUUGCCAAAGAAAUACGAGUACACUGUGUUCAUAUCACUGACGAAGUGCCAGUGGGAACUGUACAAACAUUACCUGACGCAUUACGCGAAGGACACCAAGCAGAGUGUGCUGAGAGACUUCCACGUGCUACAGAAGGUGUGGACCCAUCCUCAAGUGCUACAUAACUUCUUGACGAAGACGCGCGCUGACGAAAAGGAACCCAAAGUCAAAGUGGAGAAGAUAGAGAAGUUGGACGAUGAUCUCGAAGAGUCUCCCGAGCACGUGGCCGCGGCGGCCGAGUGGUGGGCGAGCACACAACACAGACACGAACUGAACGAACUGGACUCCUCCAACAAGUUCCUGGUGGUGUUCCGUCUGCUGCACGAGUGUGUACAGCUCGGGGAUAAAGUGUUAAUAUUUUCAACGUCGCUGUAUACCAUGGACGCGCUCGAGUUCUUCCUCCGCCGUGACAACAAGUGGGCGUUGGGGCGCGACUACUACAGGCUGGACGGCUCCGUGCCGCCGGAGGUCAGACAGAAGUGGUGCCGGGAGUUCAACGCGCCUCACAACACACACACCAAGCUUUUCUUGAUCUCGACCCGAGCCGGUUCCCUUGGUCUCAACAUGACGGCGGCCAACCGCGUCAUCAUCAUGGACACUUCCUGGAACCCGGCACACGACAUACAGAGCAUCUUCAGGGUCUACCGCUUCGGACAGAAGAAGGACUGCUAUAUAUAUAGACUCGUGGCCAUGGGAACAAUGGAGCAGAAGAUAUAUGAAAGAUCAGUGACGAAACAGGCGGUCGCCUGCCGGGUCGUGGACGAACAGCAGAUAGAGAGACACUACAACAUGGCGGAGCUGUCGGAGCUGUACAGACUGGACGAGGACGGGUCUGGAGUGUGCGCGGGCUUGGCGGCGGGUGUGAGGGACCCCGCCUUGCUGCGAGUGGCCGCGCUCGGCGGGGAAUCGCUGCACGCGGUGCACGAACACGACUCGCUGCUGCGGGGCUCCAGCGAGAGCGUCCUGCCCGAACACGAGAGGAACGCGGCGUGGAUGCAGUUCCAACAAGAACAUGGCACCACCCACAUACAAAGUGUUGAAAUAAACCUUCCCAAGAGAAACGAUGAGGACUUAGCGAAUCAAUCGAUAGAAGAGGAAGCGAAUGACAAGGAUGGCGAAUCAAAACCCGCUCACAGCGAAAGCAACAAAAAGACGCGUAACAAGAAAACGAGAUGUACGAAACAGGAACCGCGGCCGUCGACCAGUCAGCAGGACCUCGAUCCGGAGUUAGAAGAAGCUAUGAUUAAGAAAAUAAUGAACAUAUUGAUUCAACACGACUUUCACACUAUGAAAACUCUCCGAGAAAUAUCUGAACUAGUGAAGAAUGUCCGCGAUGUCGUCGCAAACGUUCCGAAGGACGGUCUCCAAAACGUGGAUCCUCUGAUCGCGAGUAUAGCACGAGUGCUGAUGGAGGCCGACAAUAGAUCCUUACAAGAUAACGAGCGAAACGAUCACACUGACGACACGGGAGAAAAGAGUUCCGAUGACAUGACGCUGAUAGAGAGAAAACGACGGAAGAAACGAAGAGACUCAGACGAAGAAUACAUGCCCGAUACGAGAAGACGUAGAACAUACACGAGGAUAAGGAAACAUAAUGAUCCCUACACCGCAAAAACAACUGACGACUCGGCUGGACACGAGGCAACCGACACUACAAGUAACACGGAUCAGGAUAUAGCGCUGCUAGAUAGUUAUAUUAACGAUAAUUCAAAGGCAACGGAUAUAUCACACAAAUUAUCUGAAUCGUUCACGGAAGAGACGAAUGAAGACAAAGAUUUUAUACAAGUUGAUGACAAUGAAGAAAUAUCAGAACGGAGUGAAAUAAAUACACGAGUUGUUGAAGAAAAUGAGAUACGUGAUGAGGUCAAUGAAAUAGACGAUAAUGACUCCUCCGACGAGUGCAUAGAAGUCAUUGAUGACUGCGACAAUAGUGACGGGGGCACCGAAGAUACUAGUGAGGCGACGACCGAGAAUAAACCGGUUGCGAGCGAAGAAUCGACGGUAAAAAAUCCAUUAAAAAGCCAAGAGCGAAACACUAGCAAGGUAACAUUGGCGAAGGAAAUAGCGAGAGCCAAUCAAGAGAUAAUUAUUAGUAGCGAAAAAGAGAUUAUUAUGGAACUGGGAUUGAAGAAAAUAAAUACAGAAAGGCUCAUAAAUAAUCAAACCAAGGAUAAAAACUUAUUGGAAAAACUCUUAAAAAACAAAGAUACGAUAAAGAAACCAACGUCGAAUAAAGAGUCACUCACUAGCGUGGAGCUGCGAACUAGCGAAGAACAGAAGAAGACAACUACAACAAGCAAACAGCUGAUCAAACUAGAUCGAGACAGCGUUAUAUCGAAUAGAGGGGCGAUACCGAGCGAGAGCAUUGUGCUUAGUGACGACGACGAACCUGUCAUAACAGGACCGGGACCGCAGAAACAACCGCGAGGAGAUCCACAUGUAACGAGAAGCUCUGAGGGGAAGGCGGCACAGGAUGACGGACAGCCUAUACCCUUGCAUGAAUCUGUGUUGACUAAUAAAAAUUUCAUCAAACUGGUCGCGCGUACAUACCUCACUGGUAACCCGAUGUUGGACGAGGACGCUGCCACACUCGCCGCCCAGUACAGCAGCCUGAAGGCUCUGAAGGAGGUUCAGGCUUCCGGUAACGGCUUGACUUCCGGACCCAUAUAUGACAUUGCUCUUCAAGUAUUAGGAAAAAAUCUUAUGAAAAGAUUACAUAACGCCAAUCCCAAAAUUAAUAGCGCGGAUAAAAUUUUACUAAACACAGCUCAAUUACAAGAUAAUUUGAAAUGUAAAGAUGAUAAAGGGCAGAAAACUGGUUUAGAUGAAAAUAAGGCUUUAUCUAAAAGAAAAACAGUCGAGCGGACCAAUGCGAGUGAAUCGAUUGGCGUUGUUGAAAAGGCCGCCUCAACCAAACAGUUGGAGACAUGCGCUAAUGUAGUUCCUGUCGGAAUUUUUAAAGGUCCUGCAGCGGUCACGAAUCAGAUACAGUCUGUGGAGGAAUGCAUUUUGCCGGACGAGGACGAAGUCAUACUGUCAUCGUCCCCUAUCUCUAGCCCCAAACGAUUCGAUCGACGGAACUACAAACAACUCAUCGUUACAGCGGUGUCCUCAGAGGUGACACGUGUUCAAGAAAUGACGUCCACAUCUUCAGUGGACUCGCGAACAUACCAGACACAAAGUCAUAAAGUCAGAACGACGGUACCUUCAACAAAGUCGAUUAUCGAAGCCGACCAAAGUAGAAAUGAUUCAAGAGCAAAGAAAAAUGCCGAGAAAGCGCGAAUAAAGACAGGAGCGGAGCAGAAUAAUAAGAAAGUUGCGCCCUCGCAGGUAUCUAGCGAAACGAUCAGUUUGGACAGCGACGAAGACGAUCUGGAUAAAACACAAGACAAUAUGCUCUCCACAUGUUCAGACCCUCGCACCUCAAUAAUAAGACCGGCAGACAAGAAACGGGCGAGCAGGGAAAGCAACUCCAAUAACAUUUUAUUGUUACCGCUAUCGAGUAACAAAACUCCAUCGCCUUCGACAGCUACAGCAUCAAUAUGCAGCGAGAACACCGUUAAGGCCAGCUCUCAAUCAAAAGUAGACAACAACGCCCCGCCUGUGGUUAAGACAACAAAAUGCCAGCCGGGUGACAUUAUUCGCAUCAACGAAUCCGGUAAAGUGGAAAUUCUAAAACGAAUCCAACAAGUCGUUUUACCGUCUGGCGUAAAAAACAAAAUUCUGACUUCAAAUAGCGCCGGAAACAAUGACAAUGGUACCAAGGCACCACUAAUAAGCACACCUUCGUCGAUCAAGCCCCAAACAUCAGUUGAUCCGAAACAAAGUGUGUUUAAAGAAGCGAUAUGGAAGAUCAAACCGUCUGGUGGUAGGAGGGACGAAUCGGACCCCCUCUCAGUGAUCAGGAACGCGGUUUUCAUACCUGCCGUUAAUAAUGAGAAGAACAUAGAACCUAGCGAAAAGAUAAGUAGACAUACAACCAGCUCCGCGCCAAGAGAAGCUACCGCUAACCAAACAAAGAUUCCGCUGAAAACCAAAUGUAACGAUAAUCAAACGGCCAGUAAGAAACCACUGGCAGCUGGCAUCGAGUUAACGAAUAAGUCGAAGACAUCAUCUGAACUAAAAUACACGCAAGUGCCAAAGGUCACUGGGAUGGACGCGAACAAAGACGUCAUAGACUUAACAGAUGCAAAUAGUCAGCGAGACGAAAAUAUACAAACUAACACGGAAAUUAAUGAAGUCGAUGUGGCUGGACCUUCUAGAGACACGGUUUCCAACAAAAUCGCUACAAUCAAAAAACUAAACAAAGCACCACCGAAAUUAGCGACGGUUACAUCAAAACCGAUUCAGUCACCAAGUGGCUCGAAGCGGUCGUCGGCCUGGGCGGAGGGCGCCUCAAAAAAAUUAAAAUCCGGAAGCGGAAAACAAAUGACGCUCAGCGAAUUCAAUCUCGACGACCUUGAUGAUAUAAUUGAAUUGGAGUGAACAGGCGGCUCAGCUUGACAUAAGGAUAUGUGUGCAUUAUAUGAUCUUACGUGUGUUAAUCGUCGUUCGGAGUAUUCCUAUUAUUUUCUCUAUUUUUAUUACAUUAACCAGAGCGGUUGUAUUAUUUUUUUUAUAUAUUGUGAUACUAAAGGAUUUAUUUUUAAGCCAUCAGAACUUAUUGCUUCGAUUAAUUUUUAAGAUAGUUUUAGUUGUAGCUGUCUUUCUAAGUUAGAUGGGAGACGUUAUAAUGUGAUUAUAUUCUAGUUCAUGAUAUAAUAAUAUAAUAUGGUUCAAAUAUAAAUUAUUAAUGAGGAUAGAUGUGACCGGAUAUCGGCAAGGAUCGGAUGGUCUCUGAAGUAUGUGAGACCUUGAGUCGCACCAUAAUUUAUGUUUGUGUAAUAUUUAAAGUACAUAUAAUGUUUUCUUCUAAAUUAUUAUUAAUAAUAUAUAUUAAUGAUAAGGAAUAUUAGAUUAUAAACUUGGACGUCUCCUGUAGCGGUUUUGUCGAAUGACUUCAUUUUAUUGUUUUGAAUAGAAUGUAGGUGUGUAAGAGUCUUAUGAAAAAAAAUAUAUUUUAAUCUUUGAAAUUGAUUAAAGAUGUAUUAAAAACGA